CGAGUCGGUGACAGAGUUCAGCGACACGUCAACCACAAGGAAGUAGGUGUUUGUCUAACCUGCGACUUAAUUGCGGCUCGAAGGACCGAAGUCUUAUCGAAAUGGGUCAAAUCUUCACUAAUAUCUUUGCCGGCCUGUUUGGCAGCAGGGAGAUGAGGAUUCUUAUCCUUGGUUUGGACGGUGCAGGAAAAACAACCAUUCUCUACCGGCUGCAGGUUGGAGAGGUGGUAACCACAAUCCCAACAAUUGGCUUCAACGUUGAGACAGUCACCUACAAAAAUCUGAAGUUCCAGGUGUGGGAUCUGGGAGGACAGACAAGUAUCAGACCCUACUGGCGGUGUUACUACUCAAACACAGAUGCGAUCAUCUAUGUCGUCGACAGCAGCGACCGCGACAGGAUGGGCAUCUCUAAGUCUGAGCUGGUGGCCAUGUUGGAGGAGGAAGAGCUGAAGAAAGCUAUACUGGUGGUCUUCGCAAAUAAACAGGACAUGGACCAAGCAAUGACACCUGCUGAGGUGGCACAGUCUCUGGGCCUCCCCGCCCUCAAAGAGAGAAAAUGGCAGAUCUUCAGGACAUCAGCUCUAAAAGGCUCUGGCCUGGAUGAAGGAAUGGAAUGGCUGGUGGAUGCCCUCAAGUGUCGGCAGUAAAGGCUCCCACCCAUUUUGUAUAUACUCCUGACCUUUGACCUUCCUGUAUGAAGCCUUGUGACUGACCCCUCUCUCCUACACCCGUGACUGCACUCCUCCCCAACUCCAACCCACCUGAAGCCUUGGCCUAACGCCUUUCAAGCCUGGGACUUACAAGUGAAGGCUGCAGUAACGUCUGGACACACAAAGCCCCAAAUCUUCCAACAAUGGUGGCACAAGUGAAGCUUUCAUAGAGCUGUGGAACUUCAGUGAUGGACAAAUUGGUGUCUACUUUUUUUCCUGUGUUGAAACACCUUAGAACAGACUUGUUAAAUAUUAAUUCACGAUUGCAUUUUUAAGCAACGUAAAUUAUCAUGGAUUAAAAGGAAUCUAUAAAAGAAGGCUCUGAUCUGACUUUCUGUAGCAUUUCUAAAGUCAGGCAUCUUUGCUGGACAAUGUUAGCUUCAUCUUCUCUCAGAGCGUUUAAGUAUUUGGCAUGUUUUGCAGCCAGAAGGAGAUCGGUUUUUGAUCGACACUAACAUUAGCAAGACGUUAUAAAGAUACACCGAGGGGGAAGUGGUUUUCCCAAAAGGCACAAACAUCAUCAGGGGUUCCAUAGUACAAAUUUAAGUCCUGCUCCUAACCUGAGUAACCAGAGGUAAGGACACAUCAUCACUGAGAAGCAGCUGCUUGAUUGCCAACUUAUUAGACAAUUUCUGAUAGUAUGCUAGACUAGCCAUACCUGUCUGUACAAAAAUAUUCUGAUUUACUUUUAGAAAUUGCAAAUUUUACCCAGCAUACGCUAAAUAUCCUCUGGCCAAGUGUUACUGCAGCCCGGGCUGUUUUUGUACUAUAGUCAGGCAGAUACAUUAUCAUUGAUUUCUAUUGUUGUUUUUCCUCCUGUUCAUUUGUGGUGUUCCCACUUUUUUUUAAAAUAGUAAUUUGGUAGAGAAGCAUUUUUCCAUCAAAAUCAUUGAGUGCAGCUUUGGCAUAUUAGUCAUUUAGUUACUGAACACUAACUGUAUGCUCAAAGUUUUAUGGUUGCAUAUUUAUAUCUGCUUGUACAGUGAAAAUGAUUCUCAGUAAAGAUUGCUAUCAGUGAUUGUA